AUGUCUAUGCUACCAGCCGGGCUCUCGAGUAUGGACAGCCUCGACGUAAAUCUUGCGUCCUCAAGCUCUCCUCCGCCUCUAGCAUUCGACCAAUGGAGUGACACACACGAGACAAUGGAAACAGAUGAUGAAAGGGACAUACAGGAGGUGGCCACUCAGGAGGAGGACUUGGACGGAGCUAACAAGGUCACUGGCGCAGACAAGACAAUCGAGAUCAAUACCCCCUCGCCCACCACCGUCGCCCCUGGCGCGCAGCAGCACAUAUCAGACGAAGAUGCUACUAGUGUACACAGCAUGCCUGCUGUGCCAGUUGUUGAGCCAUCCAGUCCGGCUCCGAUGACGUCCCAGAGUGCAUCGUCCCAUUUUACCCCAAGCAGGUCGUCGAACGCGGGUCAUGCUCCCCGUUCACUCGCUGCUCCAGGGCGAAACGGACGACCUCGUGCGAUGCCGGAUGCUCGAGCGUCAAACCGUCUCUCUGGUUUCUUCUCGUCACUCAUUCACCGCCGAGAUACCAUAACUUCUCAUGUUACUGAUUCGGGCGCACAGGGUUCGCCACAUGCACAAUCUUCCUCACGGGGCUCAUCUCCCAUUCCCUCCCGUACCUCUACUCCACCGCCACGGCUGCCUUCGCCCUCACUCAUGGAGCUAGGCCUUACGCUGUCCUCAGUGACUGACAAAAUCAAUGUCUCACACGCGAAUGGACCGCCAUUAAGUGGAGCUUUUUUGAAGCCACACUACUUGCUUCUCUGCCAUGCGCAAGGCUUGGACGUCCUGCCGCUCGUACAUUUCGCUGUGCUCCAGCCAUAUGCGUUGAUCAGGCGGGUAUCCUUCAAGAGCAUCGUGAUCAUGGAACAUCGUGGCGUUCUGGUCGCGAUUGCUGGAAGGAGGAACGGUGUGCGAGUAUACGCAUUGGAGGACAUCAGACGCGCUGUCGAAUGGAGGAUUGAGGUGGAGAUUAGAAAGGAGCAGGAGCAUGUUCGGAGGAGCGAGGCAAAACGACCCUUGUUAUCUACAUCAGCCGCAGGCCCGCGGUCUGAGAGAAGAGCCUCAUUAGACAAACACAGAGAGAGGACGCCUCUUGCUCCAGUGUCCACUUCGACGAGGGGCAAGCGAAGAUCUUCCUUCUCCAUUGCACCGCCUGCCUCUCCUUCUGGCCCUGUUCGCACAAAUACCGCAAGAAGGCCCAAGACGGCAGACGCGCAGGCACAGUCAUCACCUACAACCCCAACACCGGCAGGUCCUCCCCCCGCUUAUUCGACCAACUCUCCUCCUCGUGGCCUAGAGCAUUCUGCGAUUGUUUCUGCCCAGACGCGCUCCAGAUCAACAUCCUUGAGCGACGUUCUAUCAGGAACCCUGAGCAGACGCCAGACUGGCGGCUUAUUUGUUGAGCGACGCGGCGAACAGCGUGAUGCAAAAGCUGAAUGGGCUUCAAGUGAUGACGAUGAGGCGAUCAAUGUUGUCGCCGCACCGAGCGGUAGCCUGGCAUUGGACGAGCGAACGAGCUCGGUAACUGCCAUUUCUGGUGCUGGCCCCGCCGGAGACGUCACGCCUCCACGAAUAGAGGUCACUCGCACGCAGACCAUUUCUUCAAUGCAACGCAGGAACCGUCCCGCCAAUCUUGAUUUGUCAAGAACGAACUCUAUAACAAACGUAACACCAGAAAUUCCACCGUCUCCUGCACCCACCUUGCUUACGUUGCGCCAGGCUCUCUCGAUAUCUCCCCAUAGCAGCGGAAUGCUGCCCACACUCGGUUCUCUCAAUGGAAUUGCGACGGCGAAUGACGGAGAUGCUGAAGGUGACGCAGACGAAGAGGAUGACGGCGAUCCUGAUCCAUCUUCUCCAACAACCCCUACACGCGAGCGUAUAUCUCUCGUGGAAGCUCUCAUGGAGAGCCGUCUACCUCAUCUUCCGCCGGCAGGUACGCGUCACGAACAGGAAGCGAUCCUCAUAGGAGCCCAAAGCACAGCUCCAGACGACUUUCAGCCAAGUAGUCCGCGGACGUCCGAUUCAGGUACGAUGUAUUCCAGGCGAAGUACUGGGGAUCAGUCAAGCACUAGACGGCGCAGAAGAUGGUCCGUUCUCGACGGGAUCUUCUUUCAUUCUCCUACAAACUCCCAGUCGUCAUUCCCAACUGUGCAGGAAGGCGUCAGUCUCGGAUCGGUCGCGUCAGCGACAGCAGCCGACAGUGUCUCUGAAAUGCAACAGCAAAGCGCAAACCUGGUUUCGUCUCCGGGCAUGACUCCCUCUCAGUCCAAUCGCAUAGCUCCUUCGGACUCACGUGCAACUAUUCGUCCUGCAACGUCCCCUAGACCUUUAACACCGUCGGGUGCGCCUGUCGCCAGUUCGCAAACUUCCCUGGAUCGCCCUGCAACUGCGGAACUGCCUCCUCUACCUUCUACUGCACGAUUCCUGCCUCGGAUCAUUACCAGCGCUUUCCAGUCUCGUCGAUCGGAUGACUUGCCUUCUCUUCGAACGGGAGAUCUUGAUGCGAAGAGGGCAGGCCCUCUGGCGCCCCCAACUCCUGUUCCCCCGCCCAAACUGGAAUAUGCGAAGUUACCGGGGACUAAAGGGGCUGUACUGGUCAAAGCCGUCGAAACUGCAAAGAAAAGCUUCCUUGCUAUCCUGUGCGGUGAGAACGGAGAGAAGGUUGAGCUGUUUGCUGGUACAUAUCGUACCGCCCUUCAAUUGUCGCGUACCUUCAUCCUGCCCGAUUCGCCCAAAUCACUGGAGCUGCAGCUGCAAGGUGAUGAUCUGGUUGAAGUCUUUCUUGUUUUCACUCAGAACGUCUUCGGACUGGAACCGGCUACCGUGCGGGUCCGUGAGGUUCGGAUCGGGCGAGCGGAGCGUAGAGCAGCUCGACGGCGAGCUCGCGGACUGCGAACUGACCAGUCUGGUGAAGUGGACGCGGAGGGUAAUGGUGCAGGAGAGGAAGACACUGCGGUCAACGUAACCAUUGUCUCACCGCCCAAUGCUGCAACUGUGGAAGAUGGCACCGCAAGUCCAGGACCUGGCUCGUCGACGGCGCUACCUCAGACACCAGAUGCGUCGCAAUCACAGAUAGACUGCUCGAGUGUCACCGCUUCGACUGAUGAGCUUGUCACGCUAGCUGCUGCACAUACCAGUCCAUAUACCACCUUCCAGCAGCUUUUGUUUGCACCCAACUUCCCUUUGGCGACUAUCUCCGAUGACUACAUCAUCCCUCCUACCUACAAUUCCUUCUUGCAAUAUCGGGCUAUGCAUGAACCAGAAGUGAACGGAGAUCCCAACGUUGACCUUUCACAAGUGCAGUUCUCACCUCCUGGCCUUCCCGUACCUACACCGGCUCCACCCUCCCGUUGGUUCUACAAGGAUCCUAAGGGGAUCGUUCACGGACCGUGGAAAGCAACCUUGAUGCAGGCAUGGUACAGAGAUGGCCUCCUACCUCCCGAUUUACCUGUGAGAAGAGAAGAAGAUAAUGAGUAUAUCAUGUUGAAGGAUCUGCGAUUGCAAUGUGUGGACCCUACUCAUCCGUUUAGAAGCGCCCCCCCACUUCCCAUGAUUCCGCAGCCACUCCCCGUCACCGAUGCUUCUAAGCCCCUGUUGCCUCCUAUUUCUUUAUUAACACAACCGAGACACUUUGGUCCGCCAGCUCUGUUCUAUUCUUCACGCGGUGGUCAUAGUACGACCAUCGUCGAUGCUCGGGGACGGUCUGUAUUAAAGGGCCGUUUCCUAUGGAGUGCGGACGAUCAGGAUGAAAAUCCGGUGAGACUUGGUGACGUUAAACGGUUAGAGGCAUUCGACGUGGAGGAUCGUGCCGUACUGGUCGCUAUGCGACAAGGUGGUCUCGAGGCAGUUGACUUUGGCGACGCACUUCUUCGUCCUGCGGAUCAUUCCCGCGCGGUGUGUCCACACUUCCAGCCACCUCCUUCGGCUAUCAACAGACGCGGGCCGUUCUUAUGGAAGAUCGGUUCGCCCCUCAAUUCUCAUCCUUCGAUCUCCUCCAUAUCAUCUGCGACUGCGAUCCCACCGUCGUCAAAAUUCGCGCAAGCUUCGCAUCGGAAGAAGGUGAACACGGGCCCUGUCAAGUCCCCCCGCUCGGAAUUUACCCUAUCAGGCGACCCUGACUCGGAUCGCAUGCAAGACGAGGUGCUAUUCCUGGGCAGGAAAGAUGACGAACUGUACAUUUGUGAGAGGAGGCCCCAUUCAUUCCGGAUACUCAAAUUAUCACCAAGUCCUCCGCAAUGCUCAGCAUGA